GUGAGAAGUCGCCCUUCCAACUAUGCCAUUCUGCCUUCCUUAUUAUCGGGACACCGGUGAAUUGCCAGCGCCUCUUCCUGACCAGAACGAGAUUGCACAAGCAACAUGCACCCUCCCCAAGCGAUCCGAUUAUGGGGGGCGCUUGGUCGUAAUCCGAGACACUUUUGUCGUGAAAUACGGCCCCCUUGUGACUGAAAAUGAGGGGUAUGCUCUGCUCUUUGUUGAAGAACGACUCAACAUUGCAGCACCACGCCUGUAUGCCAUGUACCGCGAUCAGGAUACGCUGUAUCUCAUCAUGGAAUCCAUUCCCAGCAUCUCUCUAGGGCUGGCGUGGCCUUCGCUCACGGAGGCGGACAAACAGUCGAUUGCGGGACAAUUACGAUGCAUCUUCGAUCGAAUGCGGGCGCUGCCAUCGCCCGGGUUCUACGGCAGUGUCAACCAGGGACCCGUCCCCCAUCGGUAUUUCUUCUCUCGAGAGAAAGACCCUGCGGUCACUGGUCCUUUUCAGACGGAAGAAGAGUUUGUAAGCGCCAUCGCACUACGCUCCCAUAAUAUGUGGAGCGAAUCCAACAGUCACAGCGUUCUCUCCGACUAUCUGGCUCGCCACCUCCCAUCAGCACUUCGCGAUCAUCCGCCCGUGUUCACCCACGGAGAUCUCUACCGAGAGAAUGUUCUUGUCCGAAAGGCCGUGAGUCCCGUCACCAAGGAAGAGGAGUAUGAAGUAGCGGCUCUGGUGGACUGGGAAACGGCGGGAUGGUAUCCUUCGUACUGGGAAUACGCUCAUAUCUUCCCCCUAUUGCAGUGGACCGAUGACUGGCCGGCGUACGUCGAGAGAGUUCUCGAUCCCUUGCCGCUGGAGGGCGCUAUGAUGUGGGUUGUCUUUCGAGAUAUGGAGUUUUGAUGGGAGGGACUACCAUGUUGGUACAUUCUCUAUUCUUUUCCACUU